UGGGCAGAAAACUAGGCAGCAGAUCUAGAUCCAGCCCACCAUUACUUGCGAAACUCACGUUUGUCGGUCUUCUUCUUCUUCUUGCUCUCAGUUCUCUCUCUCUCUCUCUCUCUCUCUCUCUCUCUCAGGCACGAAGUACAAACCCAAUCAGCUCCCCGGGCGUUUGAUAGCAAUACAAUUAUGUCAAGAAGGCCGUCCCGUCGUAUUGGUGAUGGUGGAAGUAUCCCAUUUAUUGGUUCUUUGCAAUCUAAAACACGGGCCUCUCCUUUAUUAUCCAUUGGCAUCAUGGUUGUGGGUGCAAUUUUUGUACUAGGAUACAUGUUUGGAGGCUCAGGUGGAUCUAACAGCAAUGUUGUCAGCAAGAUUGAAAGUGGUGCCUCAUGUACAACAGAGAUACAACAAGGAUUACCUUAUCUAAAGAAAGCAUAUGGCGACAGCCUACACAAGGUGUUGCAUGUGGGUCCCGACACUUGUUCUGUGGUUUCCAUGUUAUUGAAAGAAGAGGACACUGAAGCUUGGGGUAUAGAACCAUAUGACCUAGAAGAUGCUGAUAACAACUGCAAAAGUCUUGUACGAAAAGGAAUUGUGCGCGUAGCUGAUAUCAAGUUUCAUCUGCCCUAUCGUUCAAAAUCGUUUUCCCUUGUUCUUGUAUCCGAUGCUUUAGAUUAUCUCUCACCCAAGUAUCUGAACAAGACUCUUCCAGAGCUGGCAAGAGUAUCCACUGAUGGCAUUGUUAUUUUUGCUGGUUAUCCAGGUCACCAGAGAGCUAAAGUAGCUGAGCUCUCCAAAUUCGGUCGCCCGCCAAAAAUGCGAAGCUCGUCGUGGUGGAUAAGGUAUUUCGUGCAGACAAGCUUAGAAGAAAACGAGGCUGCUACGAAGAAGUUUGAACAAGCUGCAUCCAAGAAAUCGUAUAAGCCAGCUUGCCAAAUUUUCCAUCUCAGGUCUUAUAAUUAAUUAAUUAUAUAUCUAUUGAUCUUAUUAUUAUUAUUAAUAGUAGUAUUAAGUUAAUAAGAAUCGUGUUGGUAACUUUAUUCAUUUCUUUUUCAUCAUUCAAGUGUCUGUCAUAUAAACACGUGUAUUUGCCUUGUCAAAAUUGUGUCCACGCACCACGCCCUCAUAGAGAUAAAUCACAUACGAAUGAAAUUCCUUCGAUUUGGGUGUUGAGGCAUUAUUAAUACAGCCUUAUAAUUAGAUUUUGUGUAUGAAACAAACAUUCUUUAAUCUUUUGCAUAAUGAUUCUUUGAUUUGUGA